GCCCCCUCGCGGCGCCAGAGGUGGGGGCGGUCAGGAUCGAGUUCGGUGCCGCUCCGUGAGGCGAGUCCUUGCGGCCGGCUCGGAGACGCAGUACCCGGCGGUACCCGCAUCCCGCCUGGCCGGGCUGUGGGACUGCGGGUAGCCGUGGGGCGGCGGUCUCGUUACCACAACCGAGGCGCGCCCUAGCCCGCGUCGCCAUGGCAGCCGCUGCCGCGCCGGUCCCGGCCUACGUUACAAUCGCGACUAUAAAAAGGCGGCGCGAAGGCAGCGCCUCCCAGAGCAGCGGGUCCGGGCUGGCGGAUACCAUCUCGCCGCCCGCCUGCGGGAGGGCUCCUGGACGGACGGGGCAAGACCAAAUCAGACGAGACAGAGGAGCCAGCGCAGGUCGUCCCAUUCCAACUCCAAGAACGAACUGACAGCUGGCCAUGGCCGACAGCUUGAGGAGGCUGGUGAACAACGAGAGCGCCCGGGUGCUGCAAGAGAAGCUGGAGAGCUGGUACCGGGACUAUGAGAUUAAUUCCUGUGAUCAGAAUCUGAACUGGUGCUGUGACAUGAUAGAACUGAACUCUCAGAUCCAAGGGCAGCUCUUUGCAAUCCUCAGUGAAACAUCUCAAGAGGGUGGGAACUAUGCAGGUAUGGAAACAAUAAAAACUCGUCUCCUGCCAUGGCUAGGCACUUGUUUUUCCUGUGCUGCUUCAAGAAGACUCUUGGAAACCAACCUCUCUCUCACUCAGGAUUCAUUGGAGAAAGAGAGACAACUGAAUGAGCUGGCCAGCAGUCAGUCCUUUAAACUGCAAGAGCUGCAGGAAGAACUGACUUCAACUCGUCUACAGCUCAACCAUUUGCAACAAGAUCUGGAGACCUCCCGUGCGCAAGAAAAGGAUGCCCUAAAGAAGUUAGAGCGCCUGAAUGACUAUGAGCAGCAGAUUCAGUUACUGAGGGAUGAGAUUUCCCUCCUGGAUGCCAGAAAGUCCCUUCUCCAGAGCAGGCUAGCCCGGAGCCGCUCUCCUUCCCCCAGGCGUGGUGAGGGCAAGUUCCCUGGCUCUCUGCUGCUGAGGAGCUGCUCCCCGGGCCGAGCCAGGCGCACAAACGCUUCCCGUCGUGCCCGCCUGGUAGCUCGCUUCGGUGACAUCUAUGCUCAAGAACGUUUGGAUGCAGAGACCCUUUUGAGGACAUACACCAGUGACAUGGAGACGGUGCAGAGGAUAAUCUACAUUGCAGCUGUGGAAUCUUUUCAUGCAGCAAAGAUGGCCUACAGGCAGUUCAAAAUACUUGUGAGGGAGACUCUGUCUCUGGGUCAUACAGGUCCUGAGUCACUUGAAGAUGCUGUCCUGGAUUAUAUAGUUCGCCAUGAUGAUCUGUAUGACGUGCAAGCCAGUGUCAAUGAAGUAAUCCGCUCCAUGAACAUCAACCCAAAGAUUUCAUUUCCACCAGAGAUUGAUUUCAUUGUGAUCAGCACUUUGAUUCGGGAGCUGUGCCGUGUGGCUUUCUCAAUGCAGACUCUCCUCCCUCCUCUCGAUAUUGCCUUUGGCACUGAUGGAGAGCUUUUCAGUGAGAACAAGUACCAUCGUAGCUUUGACUCUGAUUUCACAGCUGCUUUGGUGGCCUAUCAUGUCUGGCCUGCUCUGAUGGAAGAUGAUAUUGUCAUUGUGAAGGGAGAAGCAGUCACUAAAAGAGGAGCUCUGUGGUCUUGCAGAAGUAGAAGUAGAGGCAGAAGUCGAGGCCAUAGCACCAGUCCUCUUCGGUCACAUCACUUGUCUCGAAGCCGCAGCUCUUCACCACUGAGGAGUGGAAGCCCAAGGCGUUAAUGGAACACGUCCUAGAUGUGGUUCAGUUCAUCUGGAUCCAACAGCUUCACUGGGUGCCUUUUCCCUUCAAGAAUACCUCAAAUAUCACAAUAAUGUGAAUCACAACUGUCACUCCAAAUGCAGUUUGUGUUCAGUGCAGUUCUUAAAAUUAUAGAAUGCUUAUUUAUAAUUUUAGAAGCUGAUUCAACCCUUCCAGAAGUGCAUGCAAUAUAGGAUUAUACUCAUUUAGCAACACAGAGCACUGAGGAACCUGUGCUGUAAUCCUGCAUCUAGAAUGUCUUUCACAGAUACAAAAUGAUCCCCGGUUUGUCUUGGCAGGGUGUUUGAUGCAACCUGGGUGGUUAAUGUUGCCGCAUGUUGAGGUUAGCUGUUACUUGAAAUAUUUUCAUUAACUGGUGCUUAUUUCAUAGAAUCAUAGAAUGGCUUAGGUUGGAAGGGCCCUUAGAGAUCAUCUACUCCACCCUCCCUGCCAUGGACCAGGACACUUCUCAACUAGACUCAGCUGCUCAAGUCCUCAUCCAACCUGGCCUUCAACACCCACAGGGAGGAGGUAGCCACAACCUCCCUGGGCAGCCUACUCCAGAGUCUCACCACUCUCCUA